AUGGCAGACGUUCAGAACUGUGACUCUUGCUCUUCAAGUCCACUUGAGCUGUUUGAAAGAGUGACUGCACAAGGAGAAAAAGUCAGAUCACUGAAAGCAGGGAAAGCAUCAACGGAUGAAAUUGAUGCAGCAGUGAAGCUGUUAUUGUCAUUAAAAGUGACUUAUAAAACAGCAACAGGACAAGAUUACAAGGCUGGUUCUCCUCCAGUUGAUUUCUCACCAGUAAGCAAUAAUGGUCCAACUACUACACAGGAUGAGGAUUUUGUAGACCCUUGGACAGUGCAGACAUCCAAUGCGAAAGGCGUAGACUACGACAAACUUAUAGUUCGAUUUGGAAGCAGUAAAAUUGAUAAAGAGCUAAUCAAUCGAAUAGAGAGAGUUACUGGAAAAACACCUCACCACUUUCUGCGCAGAGGCAUCUUUUUUUCUCAUAGAGAUAUGAACCAAAUUCUUGAUGCAUAUGAAAAUAAGAAGCCCUUUUACCUUUAUACAGGUAGAGGCCCCUCCUCAGAGGCAAUGCAUGUUGGUCAUCUUAUCCCAUUUAUUUUCACAAAGUGGCUGCAAGAAGUAUUUAAUGUUCCCUUGGUUAUACAGUUGACUGAUGAUGAGAAAUACCUGUGGAAAGAUCUGACAAUUGAGAAAGCUUAUGAAUAUGCUAUAGAAAAUGCAAAGGACAUCAUAGCCUGUGGUUUUGACAUCAAAAAAACCUUUAUCUUUUCUGAUCUUGACUACCUGGGGAUGAGUUCAGGAUUCUACAAGAACGUUGUAAAGGUUCAGAAGCAUGUUACAUUUAACCAAGUGAAGGGAAUCUUUGGCUUUACAGACAGUGAUUGCAUUGGAAAGAUCAGUUUUCCUGCUAUCCAAGCUGCUCCAUCCUUUAGCUCAUCAUUUCCACAAAUCUUCAAGGACAAGAAAGACAUUCAGUGUCUUAUCCCAUGUGCCAUUGAUCAGGAUCCUUAUUUUAGAAUGACAAGGGAUGUAGCUCCGAGGAUUGGAUAUCUUAAACCAGCCUUAUUGCAUUCAAUCUUCUUCCCAGCGCUGCAAGGAGCACAGACAAAAAUGAGUGCUAGUGACCCCAACUCCUCCAUCUUCCUCACUGACACACCCAAGCAGAUCAAGACAAAGAUCAACAAGCAUGCCUUCUCUGGAGGUAAAGAUACUAUUGAAGAACACAGGAAGUAUGGGGGUAACUGUGAGGUUGAUGUCUCUUACAUGUAUCUCACCUUCUUCCUUGAAGAUGAUGACAAACUUGAAAAAAUGAAGCAGGCUUACACAAGCGGAGCACUGCUCACAGGAGAGCUAAAGAAGGUGCUUAUUGAAACACUACAGCCCGUGGUAGCAGCUCAUCAGCAGAGACGCAAACAGAUCACAGAUGAAAUGGUGAAACAAUUUAUGACUCCACGGAAACUGGCAUUCGAUUUUUAAUGAUGUAGAUGUAAUUUAUCAAUAGGUAGGAAAUAGACUGAAUUGUUUUCUGUUGUGUGUCAUCACUCCUUAAUUAUGCAAAGGCUGCAAUCAGUGCUUUAUAAAUGUUGCUCUUAACAAGUUAUUUGCAGUGUACGAUCAGUGACUAUUUGGAAGAAUUGUUAAGACGUUAUUCAUAUCUGUAUUUAAAAAACCAAAACUUGUUAGGUGAGGUAACACAAAUGACAGCUGCCAGAUUCUUUGGCGAACCAUGUUAGUUAGCAGAGGACCCUAUUACUGUACUUAAGUUGAAAA